CCAAAAAGGGGAAUAAAAAGUUGCUUUGCUGAAAAAAAAAAGAAAACCUGUGUGCGACCAUCUUUCUUGACAUCCGCAACUAUCGGACGAAAAAAGUUCCGACCGACCGAGAAAACUCAGGCUAAUUUCGAUCGUUUUUUGAUUCGAGUAAUUCCGAAGAAGAACGCAAAAUGUUCAAGUCCGUCGUUCCGGUUUUAGCUCAGGUGCCCGCAGAGGUAUGCCUCGGUCAACAGAACCGUGGAAUGGCUACUCUGAAAGCCAUUUCGAUCCGCCUGAAGUCGGUCAAGAACAUCCAGAAGAUCACCCAAUCCAUGAAGAUGGUGUCCGCGGCAAAAUACGCCCGUGCUGAACGCGAUCUGAAGCAGGCUAGGCCUUAUGGCGUAGGGGCUCAACAGUUCUACGAGAAGGCGGAAGUGGCUGCCAAGGAGGAAGAACCGAAAAAGCUCUACAUUGCCAUUACUUCUGAUAGAGGUCUGUGCGGAGCUGUGCACACUGGUGUGGCUCGUCAUAUCCGUGGCGACCUGGCAGCCGAUCCCAACAUCAAGGUGGUCUGUGUCGGUGAUAAGUCGCGUGCAAUUUUGCAGCGUCUGUACAGCAAGAACAUCGAAAUGGUCUGUAAUGAGGUGGGCCGUUUGCCACCAACCUUCCUGGAUGCUGCCAAGCUGACCAACGCCAUCCUCAACCUUGGAUACGAAUACACUGACGGCAAGAUCAUCUACAACAAGUUCAAGUCAGUGGUGUCGUAUGCCGUCGCUGAUAUGCCCAUCUUCAGCUUGAAGUCCGUGGAGUCUGCAGAAAAAUUGCCGGUUUAUGAUUCUCUUGAUUCGGAUGUUAUCCAGAAUUAUCUGGAAUUCUCGUUGGCUUCGCUGCUUUUCUUCGCCAUGAAGGAAGGAGCUUGUUCGGAACAGUCCUCACGUAUGACUGCUAUGGAUAACGCUUCAAAGAACGCCGGUGAGAUGAUUGACAAACUAACUCUGACCUUCAACAGAACCAGACAGGCUGUCAUCACUCGUGAGUUGAUUGAAAUCAUUUCCGGUGCUUCGGCUCUGGAGAGCAAGGAUUAAGCUUGUGGUAUGCUUCUGUGAAUGCAAUUGUUCAAACAACAGGUUCUGCAAUAUAUCUGCUUACGGCUAUUGCCAACUCAUAACAACAGAGUGGCUACGUUAAUGCAGGACGUUGUAUUUCGGUAACAAGUCACGCGAAUUUCUUGAUUGGGUUAAAUAGUACACAGAUAUUCGAUAAAAUCUUAUUAAACUAAAA